UAUUGGCCCUUAUCUUGUAACUGCCCCAACAAGUUUUUAGAUGAAAGGAAGAAAAACUUGUCAGCAGAGUGAUCAUAGUAGUACGAGAAAAUGUCGAAGGUGGUGGUUACUGCCAAAAUCACCGCCUUCAUCUUUCUCGUUGUACUAUUCAUCAAAUUGAAUGUUAAUAAUAGUGCAUAUUAUUACACCCCUAAGGGCUUGAGCAGACGAUUAGGGCUCAAGAUUCGUGACCCCAUUUUCGAUCCUCUUGUUGCUGAAUUGGAACAAAAGCCUAAAGAAAAAAAGAACAAUAAUAAUUCUAGUGAGAGAUCGCGUAAGAAGGAGGAUGAUAAGUAUUUUGAUAAUGAUGGGAGGUUGAAAACAACUUUGAGAUUGAUGGUUUUGUUUCCAAUAUUGGAUGUUGCACCUAAAGAUGGAUUCAUUGAGUACAAAGAGUUGAAAGUUUGGAAUACGCAACAAACGAUUGAUCGAUUACAUUAUAGGACAUGGAAAGAAAUGGAAUUUCGAGAUAAGGAUGGAGAUGGAGCUAUUUCUUUCUCUGAAUAUUUCCCUCAAUUUACCAAUGAAGACAUAGAGAGAAAUGAGACAAGCCACGGAGAAGCAGGAUUUUGGAUGAAACAGUUCAGAAAUGCUGAUGCUGAUCGAAAUGGAACUCUAAACUUAUAUGAAUUUAGAGAUUUUAUGCACCCUGAAGAUAGCAGGAAUGAAAAUAUACAAAGGUGGCUGUUAAGAGAAAAAAUUAGGCAAAUGGAUGUAAACAACGAUCAUAAGCUAAAUCGAUUGGAAUUCAGUAACGGUGCUUAUAAUAUUUAUAAGACGUACCUUGAAUACGAAACUCAGGGGGGCAAUAUACCAACACCAUUUGAAGCAUUCGCCAAGCUUGAUUUCGAUGGGGACGAAUUUCUGGGAGUGGAAGAACUGAAACCAAUUCUGCAGUAUUUGUGCCCUGGAGAACUCUCCUACGCUAAAGUCUACACCACUUAUUUGAUUCGAGAGGCUGAUGAUAACAAAGAUGGUAAAUUGUCGUUGGAUGAGAUACUGAAUCAUGAAAGUAUUUUCUAUGAUACUGUUUAUGACAAUGGAAGGAAUGAAGAUGUUUUCCACGAAGAACUCUAAUUUUUGGAUAUUAUACAUGUUAGCUCAAAGAGGCAGUUAAUUAUUUCAACUCGAGCCAUGAGGUCAAGUCAGCUGAUCCUAGUUCAAGAAGCAGUUAAUCAUAUUAGAGGAAGCUAAUUAAUUAAUUAGUAGCGACGUUGCAGAUAGUUGAAUGCUAACUGAAGAGGGGAAAUUAAUCUAGUUACUAGCUACUUUAAUUACCAUGCAUUUAGCAGUAGCUAAUCGUGCUUUGUAUGUAUAUAAUACAGUUAACCUGUUUGAUGAAUAAUAAUACAGUUAUAAACUUCUCUAA